AUGUUGACUGAUUUUUUUUUUUUUAUUCCAGUGGAUGAUACGGUGGUUGUUAUUCCAUAUGGCAGUAGACAUAUACGACUGGUGCUUAAAGGACCUGAUCACCUGUACCUGGAAACAAAAACAUUGCAAGGGUUAAAGGGCGAAAACAGUCUCAGCAACACUGGAUCUUUUCUUGUGGACAACACUACUGUUGACUUCCAAAGAUUUCCCGAUAAAGAAAUCCUCAGGAUUGCUGGUCCUCUUUCUGCAGAUUUUUCUGUCAAGGUGCGUUACACUGGUGCUGCAGAUAGUGUUGUACAAUUUAUUUUCUAUCAGCCUAUAAUACAUCGCUGGAGAGAAACUGAUUUUUUUCCUUGUUCAGCUUCAUGUGGAGGAGGUUAUCAGUUAACAUCAGCAGAAUGUUAUGAUUUGAGGAGUGGCCGUGUAGUAGCAGAUCAAUACUGCCAUUACUAUCCUGAGAAUGUCAAACCCAAACCCAGGCUCCAAGAGUGCAACAUGGACCCGUGCUUAGCCAGUGAUGGUUACAAGCAAAUUAUGCCCUAUGAUCUUUAUCACCCCCUUCCCAGAUGGGAAAGUACUCCCUGGACUGCUUGCUCUUCGUCUUGUGGUGGAGGAGGCAUCCAAAGCCGGACAGUCUCUUGCGUGGAGGAGGAUAUGCAGGGCCAUAUCAGCUCUGUUGAGGAAUGGAAAUGUAUGUACAAUCCAAAGAUGCCUAUUGUCCAGCCCUGCAAUAUUUUUGAUUGCCCUAAAUGGCUGGCUCAGGAGUGGUCACCGUGUACUGUUACAUGUGGGCAUGGGCUGAGGUACCGUGUGGUUCUCUGCAUCGAUCACAGGGGAAUACACACAGGAGGAUGCAGUCCUAAAACAAAACCUCACAUCAAGGAAGAAUGUACGGUGCACAUACCUUGCUACAAGAUCAAAGAAAAACUACCAGUAGAGGCCAAGUUACCAUGGUAUAAACAAGCACAGGAAUUAGAAGAGACAGCAGCUGUAUCUGAAGAACCUUCUUUUAUCCCGGAACCAUGGUCCCCAUGUAGUGUCAGCUGUGGAGCUGGUAUCCAACAACGAACAAUAAAGUGCCAGGUGCUUUUGUCAUUUGCACAAACAGUUGCUGAUCUUCCACUUGAUGAGUGUGAAGGACCAAAGCCUGUCAAUCAAAGAACCUGCUACAGUGGACCCUGCAAUGGAGAAGCUGUAGAGUACAACCCGGAUGAGGAAGAGGUGGAAUAUGGAACAAUAAAAGACAUUGAUGAACUCAAUGACUGGGAAUAUGAGGGCUUCUCUGCGUGCUCAGAGUCCUGUGGAGGAGGUGUUCAAGAAGCCAUAGUAGUGUGCUUGAACAAGCAGACAGGGGUAGCAAUGGGUGAAAGUAUGUGUGUGGCCAGCAGGCGACCUCCACCCCUAUUGAAAACCUGCAAUAUGGAAGCAUGUCCACCAAGGUGGGAAACUGGAAACUGGAGCUCGUGCAGCUUGACUUGUGGCGUUGGAUUACAGACCAGAGAUGUGUUCUGCUCUCAUCUUCUGUCCCGAGAGACAAAUGAAACUGUUGUUUUGGGUGAUGAUGUCUGCAGACAACCUAAACCUAUUUCGGUGCAAGCCUGCAACCGUUUUGACUGUCCACCUUCUUGGUAUACUACAGAGUGGAAACCGUGCUCUCAGUCUUGUGGUGGGGGCAUUCGGGCUCGGGAGGUCCUCUGCAAACAAAGGCUUUCUGAUGGCAGCAUCUUGGAACUCCCUGAAACAUUUUGCUCAUCUACAAAGUCUGCAACACAGGAAUUAUGCCACAAUGAAGACUGUCCACCAGAGUGGUCUCUAAAUGACUGGUCUCAGUGUUCAGUUUCAUGUGGAGAGGGAACGCAAAUACAAGGAGCUGUUUGUAAACGGAAGGUGAAAACUGGAGAAUAUAUUGUGGUGAAUUCCACUUUAUGUACAGAUUCAAUGCCACACCAGAUGACUCGGUCCUGUUCAUCAGCACCAUGCACAAGUAAUGGCAGGCUUGGCCAGAAGACAAACCCUCAAAUAUCUGGUCUGAAAAAAAUCUACAUACAAACCAAAAAGCAGAAGAAGCUUCAAUUUGUUGUUGGUGGCUAUGCUUACCUCCUGCCAAAGACUUCUCUCGUACUUAGGUGUCCUGUGCGUAGGUUUCGUAAACCUCAAAUUAUAUGGGAGAAAGAUGGAAAACACUUGAUCAGUUCAGAGCAUGUUACUGUGGCACCACAUGGAUAUGUUAAAAUUCAUCAUCUCAGGCCAUCAGACACUGGAGUCUACACAUGCAUGGCUGGACCUAGCCAAGAACAUUUUGUGAUCAAGCUUAUUGGAGAGAACAAUAAAAUUAUUUCUCAGACUUCCAGACAUAGAGAAGAAGACACUGUUAAAAAACACAGAAAGAAUGAUUCUUUUAAUCGUCCAGAAAAGCAACAAAAUUCAAAUCUUUUUAACCGAAGCAAAACUGAAAAGCAGAUGCAGAUAACGGAUCCUGGUAGCCGCUAUGAUAAUAUUGUUUCACGUCUUCUGGCACUAAAACCCUGGUCUGACCAUCACAUGGAUCCAUCUGACCCUCAAGAAUCUUUUGAAAGAAACAUCUCCUCUGAGGAAGAUCAUGGUUUGGAGAAUACUGUACCUAAUACUUUUGUUACUGAUGUUAAGCAUGUAGAAGAUGUAAUACGGUUAUUGUCCCAGCAACCUGGUGAACUCCAUGACAACAGCAAACAUCUCUUAUUACAGCUGGCUCAUGAGCUAGUUAAAAGCCGUCUAGAAAACCAUGGACCACCCGUUUUCAAGCCUGAGCCUAAACAACUUGGUCCAGGAAUUUCAGAGCAUUCGUUGUAUAAACCUGUGUCUGGUUUUUCUAGCUCUUGGAGGUCAUCAUCAAUGGAAGCAGAAGUACUUGAACCACAUGAAAUUCUCCCAGGCCAAGCUCACAGGAAGCCAGUUAUUCUUCGAAAGAUAUCUGCAGCCCAACAUUUCUCCGCUUCUGAGGUUGUUACCCAUAUUGGACAAACUGUGGCACUGGCUAGUGGAACCCUCAGUGUGCUACUUCAUUGCGAAGCUGGAGGAAACCCUAAACCAGUUAUAAGCUGGGCAAAGAAUGGAGAAGAAGUGAAAUACAGUAACAGGUAG